UUAAAACUGGCGGGGAAUUUAGCUCGGUCCCCCGUGGUGGUGGGUGGAAAUAAUAGUGGCAACGGGGGUGGUGGAACAGGGGGUAACAGUGGUAAUCAACAAUCAGGUGGUCGGGGUAAUGGUGAAGAUGGUGCCCAGGCAAGAUCGAUACUUGAUUGGGAAGAGGCCGAUGGAUAUUCCUUUGAGGAUUCAGAUCGUUUUGAAGAAGACUCGCUUUGCAGCUGGAGUAGCGAAGCUGAAUCACUUAUCAACAACUGGCGUGGCUGGCGACGACCGCCUGCUGGCUUUGGACUAUCCAAAAAGUCAUCCGAAGAUGGAAAACCAGUACCAACACUCUGUGAAUUAUCAGCAAGAUGUGUUGCAUCCCACAUACCAUUUGAACUUGUUGAACACGUGUAUCCACCAGUACCGGAACAGCUACAACUCAGUAUAGCAUUUUGGAGUUUUCCUGACAAUGAAGAAGACAUUAGACUUUAUUCUUGUUUGGCAAAUGGUAGUGCCGAUGAAUUUCAACGUGGAGAUCAUCUUUUUCGCUCAAAAAGUGUUAAAGAUCCUCUACAAAUUGGUUUUCAUUUGAGUGCAAGUGUUAAUAUUGCUGGUAUAUCAUCAACAAAUGGUGAUAGAGCUCAAUAUAAUGUUGCUGUAACAUUUGAUCGUCGUCGUAUAAUAUCAUGUAAUUGUACAUGUUCAUCAACAGCAUAUUGGUGUUCUCAUGUUGUUGCUGUAUGUCUUCAUCGUAUACAUAUGCCAACACAAGUAUGUUUACGUGCACCAGUUAGUGAAUCAUUAUCACGUUUACAUCGUGAACAAUUACAAAAAUUUGCCCAAUAUCUUAUAAGUGAAUUACCACAACAAAUAUUACCAACAGCACAACGUUUAUUAGAUGAAUUAUUAUCAGAUGAACCAAGUGCAAUAAAUAGUUAUUGUGGUGCACCAGAUCCAACAGCUGGUGCAUCAGCACAUGAUCAAACAUCUUGGUAUCUUGAUGAAAAAACAUUACAUGGAAAUAUAAAUAAAAUAUUAAUUAAAUUUUGUGUACCAGCACCAAUGGUAUUUAGUGAUGUUAAUUAUUUAAGUACAACAGCACCACCAGCAGCAACUGAAUGGUCAUCAUUAUUACGUCCAUUACGUGGACGUGAACCAGAAGGAAUGUGGAAUUUAUUAUCAAUUGUACGUGAAAUGUUUAAACGUAAUGAUCGUAAUGCAAUACCAUUACUUGAAAUAAUAACUGAAGAAUGUAUUGCAUGUGAACAAUUUUUAGUAUGGUGGUUUAAUACUAAAGUAUCAUUAUUAAAUGGUACUGGACAUAAUGGUGGUAAACAUGGUAGUAUGAAUAGUAAUGCACUUGCAUCACAACAUGCAUGUUCAUCAUUAUGUGAUGAAAUUGUUGUAUUAUGGCGUUUAGCAGCACUUAAUCCUGGUUUAUCACCAUCUGAACGUGAUAUAUUACAUGGACAAUUUACAACUUGGCAUAUGAAAGCUAUUGAUAAAGUAACUAAAAAUCGUGUUACAACUGUAACACAAAAUACACAAAAUCGUAAUCAUACUAGUGGUAUACAAAAAGAUUCAUUAAAAAAUGAUAUUGAUGUAUUUACUGGUUUUAAACCAGCACUUGAAGCAUGUUAUAUGGAUUGGGAUGAAUAUAUAUUACCUGGUAUAACAUAUACACCUGAAAGUAAUCCAAUGUAUUAUUGUCCAUUUACAUGUUUUCGUCAUGUUGGUCAUAGUAAAAAUGAAGUUAAUCAAGUUAAUUCAAGUGUUGCUGUAUUAAAUUGUCAACCACCAAAUAUACAUCAUCAUCAUCAUCAUCUUCAUAAUAAUAAUAAUCAUUCAAGACGUCCACUUAAUAUGGGUCUUGUUGAAUUUAGUAAUAUAGAUCGUAAACGUAUUAAUUCACGUGAUUUUACAAAUUUUUAUGAACGUAAUAAUACUAAUAAUAAUGGUGGUAAUGAUACAAGUAAUAAUAGUGGUAUUAAUAAUCAUAAUACUAUUAAUAUUAAUAAUAAUAAUAGUGGUGGUAAUGGUGGUAAUGAUAAUGGUAAUAGAAGUAGUGUUAGUUCAGAAGGUUUUUGUGAAAAUGAUGCUGAUAUGUUUCCACUGCCAUCAAUUGUACGUGGUAAUUAUUUAAAUAAUAAUAAUAAUAACAAUAAUAUUAAUAAUAGUAAUAAUAAUUGUGGUGAUACUGAUUCACAAGAAGGUGGUGGUAGUGAAUCAUCAUUAAAUAGUAAUGUGAGUUUAAAGAAUGCUCAAGGUUCUGAUAAACAAUGCUCUAAUGCAUCAUCUGAUACUCAUAGUGAUAGUAGUGAUAGUUGUAAUAAAUUAACAACAAAUAAUAAAAAAUGUGAAAAAAUAAAUAAUAGUUAUUGUGGUAAUUCAUUACCAAGUACAUCAAAUGAUAAUAAACCAUCAUGUAGUGGUAUUAAUAAUAAACGUGAAAUUAAAAAAAAUAUAUGUGUUGAUGUUGUUGUUGCUGGUGGUAGUGGUGGUAGUGGUAGUGUUACAAAAGAUCCAUCAAGACGUACAUCAAAAGAUGAAACAUCAUCAUCAAGUAGUGACAGUCCAUCUGGUGAUGAAUUAAAUUUUUAUUAUUAUGAUUCAAAAACAUCAGGUUCAACAGCACCAACAUCAACAAUAUCAACUGGUUUAAGCAGUAAUGAAAAUAAUUGUAAAGAUUUUAAUAAUAAAGAUGGUAUUAUAAAUUCACAUAUUAAUAAUGUAUUGGGUAAUCUUAAAAAAAUGAAAGAUCCAUGGGAUAUAUUAUUUUCACGUGCUGAAGGUUUAUAUGCACAUGGACAUACACGUGAAGCAUGUAUACUUGGUGUUAAAUUAGCUGAAGAAUUAUUAUCACAUCCACCAGAUUUAAUGAUUGAUAUAUUACCAAUGCCAGUUAAAGGUAAACGUAGAAAACAUUUAGUUAAUCCAGCAUCACAUAGAUUAACAUGUCUUGCAUCAGCAACAUUUUCAAAAUGUGGAUUUUUAUGUAGUGUACUUGCUGAAAAUCCAGAAUAUCAUAAUCUUGCAUUUAGAACUGGUCUUUAUGGUUUAGAAAUGGCAAGACCACCAGCAAGUACAAAACCACUUGAAGUUAAAUUAGCACAUCAAGAAAGUGAACUUGUUGGAUUACUCAAAAGAAUACCAUUAGGUCCAGCUGAAUUAACAAUGUUACGUCAAAGAGCUGAACAAUUACGUGAUGGUUUAUUACGUUCUAGAGGACAUGCAUUAUUACCAAUAAUGCUUGCUAGUUUAAUAUUUGAUGCAUUAAAUACAACAAGAUUAAAAGGUGAUUGGUCAGUAUUGACAAAUGAAAAUGAUGAAAAUCUUGGUUUUAAUGCUGCUGUUGCUGCACUUGGUCUUAAAGCAAAUGUUAGUGAAGCUGAUCAUCCAUUACUUUGUGAAGGAACACGAAGACAAAGAGGUGAUCUUGCAAUAACACUUCUUGUUCAUUACAAAGAUGAACCAACAAAAUUAGCUAAAAUAAUGGAUAAAUUAUUAGAUCGUGAAGUUCAUCAAUUAAUAAAAUCACCAAUUGUCAGUAGUUAUUACAGUUCAAAUCCACCAACAACAAGUCAAUUGGCAGGACUUAGACGUGCAAGAACAUCUUCAUCACCAUUAACUGGCAAUGAUGUUGUUAAUGGUAGUAAUGAUGGUAUUGUUGGUACAAGUAGUCGUCCACAUAGUAGUACAAGUGCUGAAUUAGAAACAGGAAUGAGUGCUUUGACUGUACAACCACAACCAACACAACCACCAGUAUCAACAAGAACAAAAGAAACGAGGUCAGGCAGAUAUAAAAAUAAAAAAAUUUAUCCAUCAAUACCAAAUCAACCAUCAGAAGCUGGUGCUCAUUUUAUGUGUGAACUUGCAAAAACAGUAUUAGCUAAAGCUGGUGGUACUAGUUCAACAUCAUUAUUUACACAAGCAUCAACAAAUCAAAAUCAUCAUGGUCCACAUCGUGCAUUACAUAUGUGUGCAUUUCAAAUUGGUUUAUAUGCACUUGGUUUACAUAAUUGUGUUAGUCCAAAUUGGUUAAGUCGUACAUAUUCAUCACAUGUAUCAUGGAUAACUGGACAAGCUAUGGAAAUGGGAGCACCAGCAAUAUGGUUUUUAAUUGAUAGUUGGGAAAGUCAUUUAACACCACCAGAAGCUGCUGGUAUUGCUGAUAAAUCAUCACGUGGUAGUGAUCCAAAUAUGGUACGUGCUGCUGCUGAAUUAGCAUUAUCAUGUUUACCACAUGCACAUGCAUUAAAUCCAAAUGAAAUACAACGUGCAAUGUUACAAUGUAAAGAACAAAGUGGUCUUAUGCUUGAAAAAGCAUGUAUUACUGUUGAAAAUACAGCAAAAGGUGGUGGUGUUUAUCCAGAAGUAUUAUUUCAAGUUGCAAAAUAUUGGUAUGAAUUAUAUUUACGUCAUACACCAGGUGGUGAACAACAAGAUGAUAUGCCACAUGAUACAUUACAACUAGAUCAAAAUGGUGCAAUUAUUGUUGAUUCUGGACAAGUACCAAUUGAUAUUAAUACAAAUCAAAUGAUGACAAAUCAACAAUCAGUUGUUGUUACAAGUACACAACCACUACAAUCUUAUCAACCACAUCAAACAAUAACAACACUUGUACCUGGUGUUGGUUUACCAUAUCCAGUUGGACCAUAUAGUUUUGUACAUCCACAUCAACAUCCUCAUCCUCAUCCUCAUGCACAUCCUCAUCCACAUCCACAUCCACAUCCGCAUUCACAUCAUCAAAUACCAACAUUUGGUGGUCCAAUACCACCACAUCGUGUUACAUUACCACCACCACCUCCACCACCACCAGCACACAUACAAAUGUAUCAUCAUACUGCAAUACCACAAUUACCAGGACAUCCACAACAACAACAGCAACAACAACAGCAGCAGCAACAACAACAACAGCAACAACAACAACAACAACAACAACAUCAAAGACAUCCACAACCACUACCACCAAUAACACAACCACAAAAUGUACAACAAUUUUAUACUGGACAACCAACUGUUACAACUGUCAAUGUACAUUCACCACAUCAUAUGUUUACAAUGCAACAAGCAAUGUCUGUUAAUGUACAACCUGAUGUUAAUAUGACAGGACAUGGUGGUAUGCCUGGACCAUCAAUUGGACAACAACAAUCAAUUAUGCCAACAGUUAGAUCACAACCACAAGUACACAGACAAAGUCCACAACAAUUACGUGCAUUAGUUGCAGCAUAUCGUGUUGGUAUGCUUGCACUUGAAACAUUAGCAAGACGUGUACAUGAUGAUAGACCACAAGCUAAAUAUGCUAGAAAUCCACCAUAUGUUGAAGAUGUUAAAUGGUUAUUAAGAAUAUCAAAACGUCUUGGUACACAAUGUUUUCAUCAAUUAUGUAUAUGUACUGUUAAUAGUGUUGUAAGUCCAUUUGUACUUCAUGAUGUUGCACUUGAUGCUGCAAAUUAUUUAUCAAGAAGUAAUCCAUCAUUAUUUGUACAACAUUUAAGAUCAGCAUUAUUAGCACCACUUGUACAUAAAUGUCAACAAAUGUAUAUACAAUGUCUUCAUCAUAAAUUAUAUCAUCUUAAAUCUGGUGAAUAUGAAGAAUUUGCAAGUGUUGUUUGUGCUGCUAGAGCUGCAUUUCAUAUAACACCAGAAGGUCAUACACAAUUUAAAGAAUGGCUACAAUCAUUAAAACGUUCACCAGCAUGUAAUAAAGAAUUAUGGACACAAAUAAACACAGCACUUCAAGUUAAUGGCAAAUGACACACACUCGAGCCAGGCGAGACGUGGCUCACAUCUGAUUCCCAUUUGCAAGCACAAUUAUCAUAUGAUCCAAGCGUCCUCGUACAUUAUAAUCAUCAUCAUCAUCAUCACCAUCAUCAUCAUCAUCAAAAUCCAUAUCAAUAUAUUGAACAAAAUCAAGAUUACAGUCAAAAUAAUAAUUUCAUAUGCUUUCAUAGAUUAACAAGUGUCGAUGGUUUUGCAUGGAAUAAAAUAACAAUUCCAUAUAUUAUUGAACGUUAUCAAUCAGCAACUUUACAACCAUUAAUUUGUCAGGAUAUUAAUGAACAAUCAUAUCCUCAUGAUAAUAAUUCAAGGAUAAUUAAACAAUGUAGUUGAUGUCGAUAAAUUUAAGCAUUCAUUUUUCAUUUGUUAAAAUAAAUAUAAUUUGUUUUUUUUUUUUUUUUUUAUUUUUAUUUUCAUCUCGCCAAUUAAUUAGAUAAUAAAAAUAAUUUUAUCAAAAUAUGUACGGCUUUAUUUAGAUUUUUCUUUUGAUAUCUAAAAUUUUAUUUUAUUUUUUUUCGUUUACGUAACUUAGUAUACUUGUCAAUGAAAAAAAGGAAAAAUAAAAAAAAAAUAAAAUAAAUAGUUAUCAAUUAUUAUUGUAUUGAUGAAUUUUUAGAUAAUUUUUUAUUUUUGAAAUAAUUUAAAAAAAUUUAUUUUCAAUAGAAAAUUAAUAAACAUUCAUUACAACAUGGUAAAAUUUUUUUUUUUAGCAUUUUUUUUUAUUUUAGUUUUUUUAAAUUAGAAAAUAAAUUUUUUAUCAAAAUUAAAUAUAAUUUUUAAUUAUGUAAAAUCUUAUUAUUUUUAUAUAUUAUUUGUAUUAGUAUUUUUUUUUUUUUAAAUUAGUUUUAAAACGUAAAAAUUAGUUGAUAUAAUUUUAUAUAUUUUUCAUCAUUAAUGUGACAUUUUAGUUAAUUUUUUUUACCAUCAAUUUCAUUAAUUAUUGUAUUCAUAAUUUAUCAAACAAAUAAAACAAAAAAAAUAAUAUCCAAAAAAAAUAACAUCAUAAAAAAAAAAUAACGUUACAUUUUUGUCACGUAAUGACUUUUAAAUAAUAUAUUAAUUUGCAUUGCAUUUGAAUAUUUUCAAAGCUUGCAAAUCAACUCAUCGGACUAUAAAAAAAAGAGCAAAAUAAAUUUUGAAAAGAAAUGAAAAACAAAAAAAAAAAAAACACCACAAAAAUUAUUGUUUUCUAGUAUUUUUUUUUGUUUUUGCUACAUACACUAAAACAAAAAACACCAAUACCCCUAUCCAAUUCAUCUAGCGCCUUAGAAAAAUAAUAAUAAAGUCAGUGUAAGCAAAAAAAAAAAAUUAAAUAAGAGAAUUAUAAAUUCUCAAAUAAUAAAAUGAUUAAGAGAGAUGAUUUAUUUUGAAAAAAAUAACCGCAAACUCAAGGAACUUUCAUAUACUCAAUUACCGCGGAUUUCAUUAUAUUGUAAAUUAUAAUAAAUAAAUAAAAAAAUUGUUAUUGUUUUUAGUAUGAAACACUCAACAGUGCCUCGUCAAAAUCUAUGUGAACAAUUCUUUCUGUAAACCGGCAGUGUUAUAUCGGAAAAAUAAAUAAAUUACAUAGCAUUACUCCCAAUUUCGUAAUCAUAUUUUAAAAAAAUUAUUCUCCAGUGUUAAAUAAUUCCAUUCUUAAGAGACAUUACUAUAAGAUCCGGGUAAUUAAAUUCCCUAAUUUUUACACAAUUUAAAAUAUAUCUAUAAACCUUGAAAAAAAUUAAAUAAAUAAAUAAUGAUAAUGCGAACGGUAAUUAUUUGUUUUUAAUUUUAAGAUAAAAACCAAAAAAAAAAAAAAAAUAUUCGAUCGAUACAUCUGUUACGAAGUUGUGUCAAUAAAGGUGUGAAUGAAAAUCAAAUAUUAUUUUUAAAAUAAUUAUUUUGAUUAUAAUGAAUUAACAAAAGAAAUUUUUUAAAAAAUAAUGAUUUUUAUUGUCUAUUGUUAUUGAUGAAUGAUAAUAGAUUAAUCAUAGAUGAAAAAUUAAAAAAAAAAAAAUGGAAAAUAGCUGAAUGAAAAUUGGACUUGAAAAAAAUU